GCGGAGAAAAAAUAUUAUUUGUAAUAAAGAAAUUUUGUUAAUAAACAAGCUUCUAAAUUUGAAAGUAGAAAGAGACUCAUGGACUAAAAUCAAAAUUAGUUUAUAAAUAAUUAGAAUCCUUAGUAUUACUAGCAAUUCCAUGCUGGAGGCAAUGGAUAAGAAUUAUAAUAGUAAACAGGGUAGGCUCAAUAAGGAACAUAAAAUUAUUUUUAGUACAUGGAGUAAUAGCAGUAAUAGCAAUAUCCUCAAAUUCCAUAAUACCCUUAGCAAAACUCAACAGCGCCUUCAAACCCUUAGGUUUAAUUGCCAUAAAAUUAAUAAAUGUAUUAGUAGAUGUAUAAUAGAAAUUAGUAAAUUAAUGAAGCGGUUCCUUAGUAUCAAAGAAUAUAAGGUGUGCAACCCACAUUCUAAGGGAUCCCCUAAAAUUAAAAUCAAUAGAUAGUAAAUGCAAUUCCAUAAUAUCAAAUUGGACAGCAAGUCCAACAACCUAUAAUGCAUCAUUAAUCAUAAUAGCAAAUACCAGUGUAAAACAAGAAUUUGCCUCCUGGUCAAUAAUAAAAUCUAUAAUAGCAAAUUCCAAUAAAUAAAGGUUAGCCUUAAUCUACAAUUAAUAAUAUAAAUACCAGCAAACAAUAAGCUAAAGCACCAAAUCAAACAAAUUAAAUAGAUAAAUCUUUGUUAACAAUCUAAAAACAACCUAGUCAGUAGUAAAAAGGUAUUUAGUAGCCUUAUGUAAAUUAAUUUCAAUAAUAGAAUUCUAUUUCUCCUAUUCCAAGCUAGAUUAACCCUAAUAAUUUACAGGCAGGUAAGACUGCAUAAUUUUAAAAGCAGCAACCAGGCAGUUCUUAACCUCCUGUAAUAAACUAAACUCCAGCUCAGUUGUAAUAAUAGUAAAGUAUAUAAAAAUAAAAUGCUCCUUAAAUAUAGUAGCAAAUGGGAUAGAAAUAGAACUUAGUUUAGCAGAAGCAAUAACCCUAAUUUAAUUAAUAAAAUCUCCAACAAAAGUAGUAAGUUUAAAAUUUAGGGCAACAAUAAAUGCAAAACCCAGCUCAGCAGCAGUUUUAAAAUAAUUUUAAGCAGCUACCUAAUUCUAAUUCUAUUGUGGGAUAAGCUAAUCCUCAAAUUUAAACUAACUAAUUUUAAUCAUAAUAGCCACCUCAAUAAUAGCCAAAUCCAUAAAAAUAGACUAUUUAACAACCAUAGCAUAUAAAUUAAAAUAAAAUGCAACAAUAAUAGUAAUAAUAAUAAAUAAAUAAACCUAUUGAUUAGAGUUAAAACCAACUCGUAAAGCCUUAAUAAUUUAGUUCACAAUAGCCCCUAUAGUUAUAGUAGUAAAUUCAACAAAAUUAAAACCCUCAAAAGCAAAUGCAAUAACCUAGAACAGGUACUCAGUAAUUAGGUAAACCUUAACAACCAAUAUAAAAAAUGCAAAAUCCUGCACUAAAUACUUAGUCAAGCUAGCAAUAACAAUUCAAUAUUUAAAAUCCAUAACUGCAGUAAAGAAUAUAAUCUUAGCAAUAAACUUAAAUAAAAUAAUAAGUUUAAGGUUCGAAGCCCUAGUUAUAGCAUCAAAAUCAGCAAUUUUAAAUGAUGGGAAAUUAAGCAUAAGGAGGAUAAUAAUAAAUUUAGUAAAAUUAUCAAUAAUUUAGUUAAAUACCUUAGUCUCAAUAGCAAUCUUAAUCAUAAUAGCAAUAAACCUAACUUUAAUAGUAGGGAUAAAUGGCAAGUUAAGGUCAGUAGCAACAAGAAUAAGUCACUACAUAAAGAUAGAAUAGGUUAGACUCUGGUGAAAAUUUAUUUUAAUUUAGCUAGUUGAAUAAAGCUCGUUAAGAUUAAAAACCCUAAUAAGGUUCAAACCAAAGAAUGGAUAAUAUUAAAAAAGGAUAGUAUUUCGACAUCAAAUAAUUUGAUUCUGUUCUUGAUAAUAGAACGAUGCCUAAACUCUUUAAUUUGACUCAAACUAAAGCUUAUGAAAUUAAUUCAAACCUUCCUCCUGGUUAUUCUUUAGAACCUUUCUUUAUCCACUAACUAAGAUUUAACCCUAAGGUAUAUGGAGAAGCAGCUAAUGAUUUUGGAGAGGCACCCUAGAAAAAAAUAAAAACAGAAGAAAAUCUCUUUUUGCAAUACAGUAUUAGUUAGCUUGCUCCAAAUGCUCCAAUGAAGAGAGAAUUAAUAUAGCUUAUGAAUAUAAAACCUUCUGUAAAUCCUGUUUCAACCUUAAUAACUCCAACAACAAAAAAACCUUCAACAUCAAAUUAAAAUUUAAACUAAGGAUCAAGUUUGAACUCUACACCUUAAAAAUCAUAAAAUGAUUUAUCAAGGCAGAAUUCUAAAAUUUAAACCUCAAGCCAGCCCAGCAGUAUUGUAUAAAGUACUCAGCAACAAUAAAUACCUAAAGAAAAUAGCUAAUAGUAAUAAUAAUUAUCUUAAAAAACUCCUUAAUAAGCAGUUUAAAGCUAAAAUCAACAAUAGAUAAAUAGCUAGCCAUCAUAGUUGUAAAAGACAUAAGAACAAAGCGUGAAUUCUUAAAUUUAAAGAUAAAAUCAAUAAAACUAAGUUUAAAACUCUUUAAAUUAAAACUAAAACCCUUUAAACAAAAAUUUACCUAUAAAAUAGUAAACACAACAACUUCCUUAACAAGCUAAUUAAAAUCCUGGUAUAAAUAAAAAUAUAUAGUAACCUGGUUUUUCAUAGAAUUUAUAGAAACCUUAAAAUUAAAUUCCUUAAUAAUAGAUAAAAGUAAAAACUUAAUAACCUGGGAAUAAUGUUUAAAAUUAAGCAGCUCCUCAACCGCCCAACGAAGGAUAAUAAAAUACCUUAUAAACAGUAAACAAAACACAAGGAUAAGUAUAAAAUGAGAUUCAAAAUAAAUAAAUCUAGAACUAAAAGCCUGCUUAAACAAAUUAAAAUGUAUAAAUAAAUUAGUCAUAAUAACAAAAAGUAAAUUUAAAUUAGUAGUCAUAAAAUUUAAAUAAUAAUAUUUAAAAUUAAAAAAAUUAAUAAUAAAAGCCUCCAUAAACAUCUCAAAAUCUAAAUUAAUCAAAUUUAGUCAAUAAUUAAGAAAAAAAUGUUUCAAUUUCAUCUAGUUAAUCUUCUUUGAAAAUUUAAUUACAAUUACCUUAGUAGUAAUAAAAUACAUAGCAAUAGUAGUAAUCAAAUUAACAAUAAUAGUAAAAUUAAUAAAUAAAUUAAGCUAAUAGAUAAAACUUGCCACAAAAUAGCAAUACAAUUUCCAGAUAGUCUUCUUAGUAAUCUCUGUAAUAAUAAACUACAAAUUAAAAUAAUUUAAACAAUAAUCAAUAGUAAUAAGGUUCUUAAUAAAGUAUGCCAUAAAAUUAAAAAAUUCCUUCUUCAAACACAUUAUAAUAGGCAAAAGAAAAGAAUUAAUCAAGUGUAAUUAAAAUAAACUUAAAUCUACCACAAUAGUCUGAAUAACCUAGUUCUUAAAAGUUACCUGACACUUCUUAAAAAUAAUUAACAUCCUCUAGUUCAAGUAACGUGUCUAGAGCUGGCUCAUCUUAAAAUAUUAAUAUUCCAGGAUAGCAGUUGCAAAAUAAAUUAUAACAACCUGCUUAAUCUUAAUAAAAUAUUGCUCCUCCAUUAUCGCCUACACCAUCGUAGCCAAUAGUAAUUAGUACAAUUAUUGAAAAUUUAGAUAUAGAAGACUCAAAUAAAUAAACUAAUGCAUAAUAGUAGCAAUCUAAAUAACCUGCAAUAGCAGAGAAUAAUAAUAAUAAUGACUAAUAAAACUUAAAUUAAAAAUCUUAGUAAGAAUAGAAUAAAGGGUAAAGUGUAAGCGUUCCAAAGAAAUCAGAAUUACCACCUAUUUUAUUAAAUAAUAUGUAAUCUACAUCUAAUUAACCUUCUAAAUAAAAUAUUCCAGUAUUAGCAUCACUUCCUCCCAUGCUAAGACAACAAAUGGAGAAUUAAAAUAAAAAUGUUUAAGAUCCUUGUAAAAAAGAAAAUUAAGGAUAAGAAAGUAAUAUUCUAUCAGAGCCUUUAAAAGAAACGAAAAUGGAGAUAGAAGAAAACAUAGAAAAAUCUAAUAAAAUUUAAAUUAGUUUUAGCAAUAAUUUAGUAAAAGAGGAAGAGAUAAAUUAAUUGAAUAAAUCUUCUGACCAAAUAAUCUAAGAUUAAAAUAUAAAGUCUCCUAUAUUACCUCCUUAAUAACCAAGCCAGAGACCAAAAUCUAUUGAUUUCCCAAGACCAUCUUAACCCAAUUCUUAGCUUUUAUUACAGGCUUCUAAUUCUUCUAAUAUCCAAAAUAAUAAGGAACCAAUAGUAAAGUCUGAAGAAACUAAAAUAUUUAUAAAAAUUCCUGAUAUUAUGACUUCACAAAGUCAAUUAGCUUCUCCAACUAAUCCAGAAUCUGGUACUGCAUUAGCUAGUAAUAAUAUAUCAUUGAAAUUUACAAAUAAAAUAGAAGAAGAAGUUUAAAACGAAGCGAGAACGAAAAUAGAAGAAAAUAUUAAUGCAAUGGAAAUUGAAUAACCUAUUGAAUAAUUAGAAUAUCAAGAUUAAAAUAUAGAUGAUAAUUAGAUGCAAUUAAACACAGAGACUCCUUACUUUUAAACAGCUGGAUAACAAUAAGCAAAUUUAAAUAUAAAAGUAGAGCCCUUUAAUGAAUUAAACUAAAUGAUAAAAUAAGAACACACUCAAUCAGAUUAAACUUAUUUAGAUCAAAUACAGAAAGGGCCUUAAGAUAAUUCCCUAAUUAUAACACUUCCAAACAACCCCAUUCAACAAAAAAUAGAAGCUGAUUCUAAUUUAAUGCCUAUGAACCAACUUCCUGCUAUGGUUUCAUCAGCAUCUUUAAAUAACGAUUUUAUCAAAGAGAAAAAGAAGAAAAUGGAAAAGAAAAAUAUAUCACAAGAAGAUUAAAAAGCUAUGAGUGAAAUAAUUUAACGUCUUACAAAAAAUAAAAAUUCAGAACCAUUCAAAAAGUUAUCCAGUCUUGCAAAGAAUCCUGACUAUCUAAAAAUUAUUAGAGAGCCUAUGGACUUGCAAACUGUGGAAACUAAUAUAAAGAAAAAAUAUUAUAGUAAUAUUGACGAAAUGGCAGUUGAUGUUAAUAAAAUAUUUGCAAAUGCCAAAUUAUACAACAAAGAAGACACUGAAAUCUACAAAAAAGCUGUAGAACUAGAAGAAUAUUUUAAGAAGAAAUACUAAAAAAGUCCUCUGAGCAAUGAGAUAAAUAACCUUUAAAAGAAAGUAGAUAAACUUGGUAAAGAAUUGAAAGAGUAUCACACUUACGGAGGAAGAUUCUUCUACAGAGAAAAUAAAAAAAUAUAAAAGUAAGCUUUCAUGGAGAGAUCAAUGUCUUUAGAUGAAAAGACUUAGCUUGCUAAAAACAUAAGAAAGUUACCUAAGGAAUAUUGGAUUGGUAUAUGGGAAAUAAUGACAGAUAAGCAGUUUUGUAUAGCUGAUAAAUAAAAAAUUGAGUUUGAUUUAGAUACCACUACUCCAAAGUAGUGUAGGAGGUUAGAAAGAUAUGUAAAAGCAAAGUUAAAUUGUAUUUAAAAGGCAAGAGAGAAAAAGAACAAAAAGCUCGAUAAAGCUUAAGGUAAAUAGACAAGCGAGUAUGUGGACCCUGCAAAACUAGAAAAACUAGAUACCGAUUCUUCUUAUAUUACAGAAUCUGAUGACUCUAUGAAAGACCCAGAUGAAGAUGGAGGUGAUUGA